GAAGCGCACAGGUGCGGGGAUGGGCGCGCUUCUCCGCCUUUUGCAGGCAGCUCCAGCGCCGGGUUGCAAGCCCAGGGCGGGCUUCCUGGCGAGCGCCCUGGCGGGCUGCUGCGCUCAGCCUUCCCCGUCGUGGCGCCGCGCGGUGCCCGGCAGGCGGAGGGCACGAUCGGCCCGCGGAGGAGGACGACCUCUUCCUGGCGCUGCGUGGCGAGAGAGCCGGAGGAAUGCCAGUCCGAAGCGGGGCAGGGCUGUUUACUUGCUGGACGGAUUUGGCCUGCGGGGGUACAUAAGAAUUUGGCUUGCAUUUGUCGAUCAAGUCCAACCUUUGCCCAGCUUGGGCUGCAAGCCAUUACAUGUCUACUCAGAAGUAAGCUCCGUUGGGUUCCAUGGGACUUACUCCCAGACCUCACACGUGAAACUCUGCACCCGGAAGCUGAGAACUCUGUAAAAAAAAAACCCAACAAAACAAGCCUUGCAACUGAAAAAAACCCCUUCGCAGUCAAAUUUUGUGUUUUUUGAGGUUCCAGCGCACUCUCUACACAGGGAAACCAUCGCAAAAGUAUUCUCCAGCUUUCUGCUGAACGGAGGAGGCCACUUCUCUAUUUCCAUCAACGGCUGCAAUUUGUGAAAUUUCCUGGUGGUUGGAGCCAGGGGGUCUUCUCUGUCUCCCCCCCUUCUCCCCCCAUAUCUCUGGCUCCUGGACAGACAAUGCCAUAAAGCUUGGACAUUAGAUCAAAGGUGGCUGGCCUCUUCAAGUUCUGGGGUGACUCUUUUUUGGCCACGUGCCAUGUGGACUUUCUGGGUCUUUGGUGUGGCCUGGAUGCUGGCCAGAGAGGCCAGUGCGGUAGAAUCUCCCGUUGCCCCAGGAGAUGCCAAAAUCCCAGCGUCCCUCCACUUGGACCAUAGGGGGCAGCCCAGCAGGAUCCAGAGCUCAGGACCGGCUGUGGAUUGCAGGGAGGUGGGGAAGAUAAAUAUCUCCAGGCGCUGCCCUUUCAUCCACAACAACCCAGACUGCCAGAUGGAUGGCGGGUUCCUCAACUACCUCAACGGAGCUUUCUGUGUCUUCCCGGCUGCUCUGCAACCUCUGGUGGUGACCCUCUACGCACUGUGGCUCCUUUAUCUGUUUGUCAUCCUUGGGGUCACAGCUGAGAAAUUCUUCUGCCCUAACUUAUCUGCCAUCUCGACGAAGCUGAAGCUGGCCCACAAUGUAGCUGGUGUCACCUUCCUGGCUUUUGGGAAUGGCGCUCCAGACGUCUUCAGUGCCGUCGUGGCUUUCUCUGACCCGCGGACAGCAGGCCUAGCCAUUGGUGCUCUCUUUGGUGCUGGCAUCUUUGUCACCACCAUAGUAGCCGGUGGUAUCGCCCUGGUGCGACCCUUCACUGCAGCCUCCAGGCCAUUCCUCAGGGAUGCCAUCUUCUAUAUGGUAGCGGUAUUCCUGACCUUCGUGGCUCUCUAUUUUGAGGAGGUCACCCUGGCGGAAGCCCUGAGUUACCUCUGCCUGUACAUCUUCUAUGUCCUGACGGUGGUGGUCUCUACGUGGCUCCACAAGAGGCAGCGGCGGGAGAGGCUGGCCCCUCCCCGUCCUACGGAACCAGAGCUGCCAACAGACUCCGAAGAUGGGGAUGCUUCAAGUGCCAAUGGAGGUGACUACGGGGAAGAAUACCGACCUUUGCUUCCCUCGGAAGAGAGCACUCUCCAGAUCCUGGCGCACUCCGUGAACCCUUUGGAUUACAGGACGUGGAGGAGGAAGCCUUGCUAUUGGAGGUUGCUCAAGGUCUGCAAGCUGCCGGUGGAGUUUGUGCUGCUGCUGACUGUGCCUGUCGUGGACCCCGACAGGGAAGAUCAGAACUGGAAGCGGCCCCUGAACUGCCUACACUUGCUCACUGGCCCCCUUGUCUGCAUCCUCACGCUGAAGUCUGGUGCCUAUGGUCUUUAUAAGAUCCAAGGUGUCUUCCCAGUCUGGGGUCUGGUGAUCAUCACAGGGGCUGCCUUGGCUAUCGUUGUCUUCUGCACUACAAGGAAUGAGGACCCACCUCGAUAUCACUGGUUCUUUGCCUUCCUGGGUUUCCUGGUGAGCGCCAUGUGGAUUAACGCUACUGCUACCGAGGUGGUCAACAUCUUAAGGACGUUGGGUGUGAUCUUCCGUCUGAGCAACACGGUCCUGGGGCUGACGCUGCUGGCCUGGGGGAACAGCAUUGGAGACACUUUCUCGGACCUCACGAUGGCUCGGCAGGGAUACCCUCGUAUGGCCUUUUCUGCCUGCUUUGGAGGCAUCAUCUUCAAUAUGCUCGUUGGCGUUGGGCUGGGCUGCUUAUUGCAGAUGACGAACAGCAAGCUGGUUGUGAGGCUGGAAUCGGAUGGCCUCCUGGUGUGGAUCCUGGCUGGAGCGCUGGGCCUCAGCCUGGUCGUCUCCUUCCUCUCUGUGCCCGCUCAGUGCUUCCACCUGGGGCAAGGAUAUGGCUGCUGCCUCAUCGUCUUUUAUCUGGUGUUUUUGACGGUUGCUCUACUGACCGAGUUCAGGGUGAUUCGGCUUUCUGCCGUCUGAUGAAGGCAUCUCUCAUCACGGACAUACUUUUACGUUCCCAUAGGACGGUGGAUGGGCUUGCAAGACCUCCCCCCUCUUGGGAUUGAGCUGCUCUACUGGAAGAUUGUGCCUUGCAACAAACACAACGGCCGGCAUCACUGGCAAAUCCCAAAUAGUCGGGUUUGAUUGCUGUCCCCCGACAGGAAGGAAGAGCAACUCAAAUCUCAGAAACGUACACAGGGUCUUGGCCCGGCCAUUGUGAAGUUGCUGCAGCGUUUGCAGGCAUGAGGAUCCCCAGCUGCUUUCAGGCCUCUUAUAAUUCAGGGAUUGUUUGGCCAAUUCAAGAUGCCUUGGGAGGCUUUUUAUUCCCGAUCAGUAUUAAGUUUUCUAAAGAAAAAAGCAUUACGUAGAUUUUAAACAAAAGGUGUCUUUUUUUAAAAACAAAAAAAUGAGAUGGUUUUUUUUUUAAUGACUUUUGCUAGAAGUGGUUUGUAAACCCUCUUGAUGUUGAAUGUAUGCCCCCUGAUACACACUUAAUUCCUUGUGGCUUCUGACCGUUCGUUUUCGCAAUAGAGUUUUUAACCAGAAACUGCACAUGUACAGCUGAGAGAUCAAUUAUCUUGUUAAAACCCAACACCUAUUUCCAAUGCUCAGGGAUGCGUGCUGGUGCUUAUCUCCCCCAAACUGGAAGCAUCCGUGCCCGAGAGGGGAGGUAUCCGCAGGUUCAAGAAACCCCCAUUUUUCAAAACUCGAAGAAGCUAAGAGAGAAAUCCACACGGCGCAACUGUUAAUGUGCUCGGUGGCCGUGGGAUGCUGAUUUGAGUUUUUGAAGAUGAGACACAAAAUGGAGGAAUGGAAGGGAGUGGCUGGAAGCCUGAACCAGGAGCAUUGGGAACCAGGUAGGAAGCUGCCAUUGGUCCAUCUAGCUCAGUGUUGUCUACACUGACUGGCAGCGGCUCUCUAGGACUUCAGGCAGGGGUCUCUCCCAGCCCUCCCUGGAGAGGCCGGGGAUUGAACUUGGGACCUUCUGCAUGCAAGGCAGAUGCUCUGCCUCUGUGCUGUGGUCCUUCCCUGUCCCUGCAUUCCAAACUGCGGCAUUGAAGGAUUCAGAAGAAACGCUGUUCACUGUCUCUGGUAAUUGGGUUUGCAUGUGGUUUUUCAAAAACCUCUUGAGCUGUGUGGCAGUGUGUGUUUGCGUCAAAUACCCUGGUGCUGUUCUUAUGCCACUUUUCAUGCCCAGGAACUGUUGGCUUCCAACUUACAUGAAUUGUUUCUGGUUUACCAUGAAACUCUUGUCAGAAGCAUCAGAUUUUUAACAUCUUUCAUCUUGACCACCCUCCUGCCACUGCUGCUCAAGGAUUAUUAUUUUUUAAAGGAUCAAAGGCACUCCUGCAAGCACAUUCAGAGGAGUAGGUUGUUUGUGGCCGCAACAUUCCAACCUUUGGGAAUCUUUUUUUAAAUUGGCUGAAAAAUUCAGCCAGCAAUCCUAACUCCACUUACCCGGCACUAAGCCCCAUUGAAUUCUGUAGGACUUUUCUGAGUAGAUGUGGGCCAAAUCCACACUAUACUUUUAAAACACAUAACUCCCUCCCAAAGAAUCUUGGGAAUUGUAGUUUAAGGAUGCUAGGAAUUGUAGCUUUGAGAAGCGUAACAAGUUCCCAGGAUUAUUUGGGGGAAACCACGUGCUUUAAAUGUAUGGUGUGGAUAGGACCAUGGUUAGGAUUAUGCUGUUGUCCUCAUUUUUGUGCUGGUUUUUUUUACUAUGUAUGUAUGUGGAAGUGCUGCCUUUUAAGAAUUCCAGGGUAAAAUUAGUGUGCAGAAGUUGUGGCAUCGCAACAUGCUUGCACAACAGGAGGCACACUGAUGCAGCCAACUCAUUGUGUGUGUGUUGUAGCCUACCAUGUUCUCAACUUUUUAUUUUUGCAGUUCCCAACAGGUGGCAAAAAUGGGAAUCUAAGCAAGCCCCCAGCCAUUUAUGACAAGCCACUGCUGGGCUGUAAGUUGUUUUUUUUUUUUUAAGCUUGGUGAGUCGUAAGCUGACUUUGUGCAAGUGCAGCUCUCUGGCUUCUGAGAGGUGGCCGAUUGCUGACUCGCUGCUAAUUCCCAUGUCAGUGAGUAACGGCCUUGUCUCGGAGGCAAAGGCAUGACGAGGCACUUUUAUCCCUCAGUCAGCACUUGACCACACUCGGCACGGUCACAAGCGUUUGGACAUCUGUGUUGAACCACAGGAAGUUUGGGAGCCUGGUGCAGUGGCCUUCUUGCUUAACCCACCCAGACGGCGCGUCGGGCUGAAGACACAACCACCCUCGCAAGCUCUUAACCUGGCCAGUUGUUCCUCAAAAAGGCCCGGUCAGCUUCACACCAUUGGGCAAUCCUGUGUUUUCAGGUAGCUGAAUCCAGAAUGUUUUGCUCAUCAGUAUUGGGAAACCUAGAACUUCUCCCACUCCCUGGUUUAAGCAUGUCUCAGUCAGAGUGACACAGCAUGGCAGCCACAGACAAUUGUUCAAUGGUUUAAGCUGAUAGUUCCUUGGGGUGUGUGGGGAGACAUACGUGGACAGUGCUUUAACUGUUGGGUCUUGUUGUGCAACAUUGGAACCCACCCCAAGGCAAGAUAAAAAAUGAUCAGCAUGAUCUAUCCAGCUGAAUCAAGGUGUAUAAUAAUCCUAGGAAUGCUUACUCAGAAGCAAGUCCCUUGGAAUUCAUUUACUCCCACUUAGUAAAUGUGUUUCAAGAUAGCAGUCUGGGAAUAUCAAUUUCCAUGGCCCCAUCUCCACUAUAUAUUUCAGGCACUGUGAUACCGCUUUAAACCGUCAUGGUCUUCCCCCAAAGGAUCCUGGGAACUGUAGUUUGUCAAGGGUGCUGAGAGUUGUUAGGAGACCCCUCUUCCUCUCAGAGCUAAAAUUUCCAGAGUGGUUUAACAAUCAACCCUUCUUCCCUGGGAAUUAUUAUUAUUAUUUGAUUUAUAUCCCGCCUUUCCUCCCAGCAGGAGCCCAGGAUGGCAAUUGUAGCUCUGUAAAGAGAAUAGGGGCUCUCCUAACAGCACCCUUAACAAACUACAGCCUCCAGGAUUCUUUGGGGGAAGCCAUGAUGGUUUAAAGUGGUAUCACCGUGCUUUAAACGUAUAGUGCAAAUGAGCCCAAAUUGUUCCGUCUGGAACCUGUGGUCCUCCAGCUGUUGGUCACACUGAACUCCCAGCAUCCCUGGCCAUUGACUAUGCUGCCUGGGGCUGAUGGGAGUUGGGAGUCACAACAGCAUUUAGAGGGCUACUGGUUGCCUUGUCUGUGUCAUAUGCAGUCAUGUCAAUCGCAUGGCAUUUGUUUUAAAUGCCACUAACUGGAAGCAACAAAGUUUAUCUUGGGAAUAACUUCUAAUUGGCUUCAUCUGUAUUUAUUCUCCCCAUAAGUGCACCUGCAAACUAUAAAUUUUAUCAUAUACCAAGCCUUUAAAAAUGCCUGUGUCAGGGUUGGUUUUUUUUUUAAAGGAUCUUAAGCAUCAAGGAGAAAUUAAAUACAUAGGGUUAUAUCCCAAAUUCAGAGUAGACUUACUGAACCAAAAUUAGUCAUGUUUGUUCAUUUCAGUGGGUCUCCUCUGAGUAGGACUGACAUCAUAUACACCCUAUAAUUUUUUUAUAAUACUUAUUGGAUAUAUAACAACUCCAAUAAUAAAUCCUUCAGAGGCCAAAUCCCAUGCGGUGUAUUUCAGCGUAUGCCAAUUGUGUUUCAGCACAAAGGUCUUCAAGGGCCUAGUGGCAAAGAAACAAAAUAAUGACAAAUCUGUAAAAAAUAAAACAAAACAUUAACAGGCCAGCACUUCUGAGAUAAACAAGCUGGUACUUACCAAUCGGCGUUGACUCAAAAUUAACUUUCUUAAGACGUACUGAGUUAAUGUUGAGGUUUGGGAUUUGUGAACGGAGAUAUUUUGUAUGAGCUUAAUUAGGGCAUAUUGAAAAUUGAGAAUUUUGUUCCGGACUGUGGUUUGCAAUGGAGGCUUGAAGUGAAUUGUGUUGCUCUCUUCACAGUCAAAGCCUGUUAGUGAGUAUCAACUGUUAUAAUUUUGGUUUGUUCAAGGUCUGCCUCGUCAGUGCUUUUGUUUUUUUUUAACAGAUUUAUCAUGCUGACCUUUUUUGUUAUUGGAGGCUGCCGCUGAGGUCUUUGUAGCGAAAUGUGUCUGGUGUCUGUCAAAAUAUACCGCAAAGGCUUUAUUAUUGGAGUGUUUGUAUAUAUGAUUGUUUUAUUGCAACAAGGAAAAUACUGUAAACAUAUAUAAUUCUUUAACUCUGAUGUUGGUUGCCAGAUUUUUUUAUAGGGACCAUUUUGUGUGCCCCACUUGUUCUACGUGUUCAAGCUCCGUGCACGCACAUUCAAGGAGAGCCCUUUCCAUUCUGAGAUGUUUUGCCAAAGAAUCCUUUGGUGUCUGAGUGAGCCAUUUGUAGAAAACCUGUAUAACAGUUGCCCAGAAGCAGCACCUCCAGCCAGGGCUGGCAAACUGCCCUACAAUGGGGGCCCUUCUGUGUGUGUUGGGUGGUACCCUGGUGAUGGGCUUACCUGUCCAAUACCAGUGGUCAGCCAUCAUGAAUUCUCAGGAUGCCCAUCCUGUAGCAUCAUGGGAAAUUGGCCAUGCUUGCUGAGGCUGAUGGGAGUUGUAGUUCAGCAACAUCUGGAAGGCCAAAGGUUCCCGGGUUUUGUCAGCUGGAAAAAUAUGGCUGCUUUCUAUACAGUUGCUGGGUUCGUAGGGUGUUCCCUACCGCCCAAACCUUUUCCUUUAUCCCGACAUGGCAAAUUAGGUGAGGACACGCAUUCAGAUUGGAAGCUAAGCCAUGGCAAACUUGCGUUUCAGGUCACGUGUCCUUGCCACUAAUUGUCAUGGAAUGCAAGGGACAGGCUGUUCUUUUAUAUUUGGGAGAUUGAACUUCAAAGCCUCUCUGUCGUCUAUGUAGUAAAGUGUAGCUUUGGACAAGCGUUGUCUCUAUGGAAUAAUCUACCUCAGAAAGAUAAAACGAGAGGGAUAACUUGCCCUGAGCUAUUGCUAGAAAUAAUAAUGUGCAUAAGCUGCUACCGGGCUAGUUAAUCAGCCAUUCAAGAUGCUUGUUCUUGAACUACUAAGCAGAUUCUGGGCCAAAGUUUUCAUUCUUUUUUCAGAGCUGCAAGAAAGCUGCACUUGAGGAAAUCUCCUUAAGGAAUCUGUUAGAAAGAAGCAGUUUUACAUGAAUCCUUGGUGCUGGAGAGCUGGAAGGCAGGGAGAGAUUAGGGUUAUUAACUAGCUGGGAUUUACUGAAACUCACUUCUGGACUAUGACCCUGAACAGAUGUGAGCUGUGUGCAUCAUUAAAAUGAAAUGUCUUCCUUAGCCUCUUCUGUCCAGGCUUCUUGAAGGGGAGGAGCCAGUGCUUUUUGAAUGUUACUCACUUUAAAAAUAUUUUCUUAGGAACCUCCCUGAACAUCAAGCAUUUACACCAAGUGCCAAUAUGUCUGCAGUACUCUCCCUUCCUGUUAAACCAUUUUCUGUCCUGAGGUCAGUGUAAUCUGGUAUGCUAAUAAAGGCAACAACAAC